UGGGAAGUUGUUUUCCUGGGGCUGAUACGACUCCAAACCUUUGAUUGGAUCCCAAAAUCUGCAGAUUUAGGGAGAUCGAGUUCAUGUACAAGCCCGGGAACGUGAGCGUGGCCCCGGCCCUGGUGGCCCCGCACCAGCCCCGCCUGGACUGGCAGCUCUGGUUCGCCGCCCUCGGGCCCCACCAGAGCAGCCCCUGGUUCAGCGCCCUGGUGCUGCGGCUGCUGCAGGGCCAGCCUGACGUGAUCCGGCUGCUGCAGACAGACGAGUCCCGGUACCCGUUCCACGCGCGCCCCCCGACCUUCCUGCGGGCGCAGCUCUACAAACACCGCUUCACGGCCCGGGCCAGGGGGGCCCGGCGUGGUGGCGGCGGCAGUUCGUGCACGAGUUCUUCCCGGCCGUGUCCCUGGGACACCCCACGCUGGAGGGGCUGCUCAGCCAGCACGGCCUCAAGGACGAUCCCCCGGUCGCUGCCCGCUCUGUGUCGGCUCUGUCGCGGUUCCUGUCGUGGCUGCGCCGCCUGUGCCGGCCCCUCUCGGGCCCCGUCCUGCUCUGGUCCCUCUACCUGGGGGUCGCCACCAGGGAGCCGGGAGCGGGGGGAGCGCAACGGCCCGAGGGGCAGCGAGGGGGCAAUGAGGGGCAGCGAGGGGGCACGGCCCGAGGGGGCACGGCCCGAGGCUCGGCACGGCAGCAGGAGGAAGAAGUAG